AUCCGUUUGCGGGUUGAUUUCCGUCGACAAGUUCACAAACGCGUCGUGGCUUCCUUGACCUUUCCACCCCUAGGGGUGCUCUGAGUCGAGGAACCGCGAUUGUUCGACAGAUGUGAUGAGCCGUAAUUGCUCAAGUUACGUAUCUUGGUUCCCUGAGGUCCCCGAUAAGGAAGAAGAAGGGUCAUGGAUGAUGCUUUGCUCUCCGCCCUCUUCUUUCCUGCGGCAGCUCGGUUGAUGGAGCUCUGCUUCUCCCGGGUUGAAAUGGUGCCAUUUCUUUCUUCAUUCUUUUCUUGAAGAGAACGAUUUUCUGUUUCAUGUGUCUGAGUUAUGCACUGCGUCUUUGUUUCCGGCGUUGGGCUUUAUAUCAUUCACCAUUCGCAUCUUCCAUUGCGUCAUUUGAUAUCCCCCAGUGGUUUGUCUCCCCGAGGCCCCUCCACCCCGUUCCUCUCCCUUCCCCCGUUUUCCUCCCCUCCCACUCGCUUGCUCUCCCCCUUACUCACUACACCCUCUCCGCUCCUUCCUCCCGCGCCGACGAUCCCCAUGCGAGUGAGCGCACGCGCGGGAUUUUGGACGGCGGAUGCGUGGUGCAUGAACCGGGCAUUUGGGUAUGAUCGUUCUUUUUGUCUUUUUGGGUUUUCUGCGCGCCUCCCUUACCUUCCCCUCCCGCUCUUGUAUCUAUUGUCAGGCCCUGGAUGGAUGUAUCUACGGACCCGCCUGAGGCUGGCGGAUUGUGAGGGUGUGGGGAUUGCGAGUGGGGAGUGCUGCUAUGAUUCCCGUUUCCCCUCGAAGCCUUGUAUGUAGGGCUUGAGGUUACAGCGUUGAAAGAGAUGUGCUGUGUACUGUGCUAGGAAGGGAUCCUCGUCCUUUACGUAGGAUG